AUGACCUCCAAUUCAGAAGACGCUUCCGUCCCAUCCAACAGCGCAGAAGCCGCGAACACAGAAGCUGCCAAGAAAAAGUCGACCAAAAAAGCCGUCUCUUGCGAGCCAUGCCGAAGACGCAAGCUCAAAUGCGACCGUGGUUGGCCCUGCGGUGCAUGCCGUGACCGCGGCGAGUCGAGCAAAUGCGAAUGGGCGGAAGGCGUUCGUCCUCAGACCACGGGCAGAGACGCCGGCGAUUCCUCCCAAGUCAACGAGCGUCUCGAUCGUCUCGAAGCCAUGAUGGGCGCCAUCGCCGGCUCCCUCGGGGUCGAUCUUCCUGGCAGCAAGGGCUCGUCCAACAACAACAACGCCCCGCAAAGAAAGCUCUCUUCCACCAGCGCCGCUUCCACAACUGCCUCCACUUCGAAGCUUUCCACCCUCGCCGAGCUCGGCGCCGUUGAGGCAAAUAAGGCUGCCCUUGCCGCCACCCCUUCUUCUUCUUCUCCCGCAAAACCCCAGACGCCACGUCCCUCGUACGCUGCUGGCUCCAUCUCUUGGGGCUUCGGCUUCGGCUUUUCUCAAAUGUACCAGAUCUCCUCCGAGGAACUCACCCGCAAGACCCUCUUUGACCUGCUCAAUCUUUUGCCGGACAACACCAUCGUUCGCAGUCUCACUGACUUCUACUUCAGAGAGCUUUCCUGGAUGGCCCACCUCAUCCCCGAAGACACUUUCCGCAAACGCCAACGUACCUUGGAAGAGAUCCGUCUCUUUUGGAACGGCCGCCCGGACGCACUCCCCUAUCAAGAGAUGCGCGACUCGCUUCGUCUCGUCGCCACCAUCCAUGCGCUCUGCGGCGCGGCUCUCGUCUUUGGCGAGCCGCUCGAAGGCGAACUCUUACUGGAAAAGUUCGGUCAGCAGGCCUUCACCGUCUUUCUCGAUGCUGCUCAGCACGCGCUCACCGUGCUCGACAUCUACGAGGAGCUUCACAUCGACAACGUACGCACCAUGGUCCUACUCAGCUCGUGUCUCAGCGCGCUCAAGGGCCCAGCCGUCGGCUCCGCCAUGACCGCCAACAUCUGUUUCAUGGCCUACGCGCUUCAGCUCGACGUCGAGCCUCCCGAGUCGCUUCCCGCCGACGAGCGCAAGGAUCGAAUCGGUCUCUUUGCCACUCUGUGCAUUUCCGACUGGUUCUCGGCGGGCAAUGUCAAGCGCAGCUACAUUAUCGACCCGGCCAAUACCAGCCUCCCCUCGCUGUUUGGUCCCGACGCACACAAGAACGAUCUCGUCUCGGUGCCCAUGCGCUACAAACUUAAGCUCAGCGACGUGGCGCGCCGCGCAAGUCACCGCAUCCGCAUGUCCGAAGACGAAGCCUACGAGUUUACCAAGCAGCUCCAUCAGGAAGUGGUGGCCAUCGAGGCGAGCAUCCCUGAACAUCUGAGAUUCGAUGACUCGCUCAUCGACUCGGACGAUUCCGACAGCCCGGAGCGAUGGCACCGCUCCGCCAUGGCACUGGCUGUGCAGAUGCAGCUGCUCACGCUUCACAAACGCUUCUACGUACAAUCUUGGACCAACCCAAAGUACAAAGAAUCGCGAGACAUCAGCUUCGCCGCGUCCAUGCUCAUCAUCAAAGUGUUCCGCAACGCUUUCAAGUGGUUCACGCCGCGAGAAAACGCCACUCUCGACGAGCAGAGAGCCAUGAUCGGCGAAGGGAUGCGUACGCAGCACAACUCGGUUUCGCGGCUGUGGUUCUUUGCGCAGAUGUCCAUCAUCUCGUCCCUCGUGCUCAUUCACUUUGUCUCGAUGCUCGACACGCAUCCGCAAGAGUCGUGCGAUUGGGACAGCUCCGAGCUACGUGCCCAAAUUACGGACGAUCUCAAGUUUGUGCGGCUGCUGCUGCAGGCGCUCUCGAGCAAAUCCAAGCUGGCCAUGGACGGCGCCAGAGCCAUCCAGCCUCCCGAGUCGAACCGCAACAAGCGUAAGGCGGAUGAUGUCUUGACGGGAUCUAGUCUGAAUCUGGGAUCUGUGCGAGGUGGUGGACCGUUGAGCAGUCGUUCGGCCGACAAUCUGCCCAUUCGGAACCCGAGUUGGUACUCGACCUCGUCGGGCUACUCGAACGGAUCGACGCCUGCUCUCACAGGCGCGCAGCGUACAUCGCCUGCCUACAACUCGCCCGGCUCGAGCAGCAACAGUUCGCACAGCCUCGCGCAUUCGGCAUCUGCUUCCGAGCUCGUGCGUCCCAAGCUGCCGUUUGAUGGCCAAGUCCCCCCGGCGAAUGCCAAUUCGUUUGACGACAUCGAAGCGCUCUGGCAGAAGCAGCCGUGGCAGACGGCUUCGCUGCGCAUGGGCACUUCACCUGCCGUAUCGCCCAAUAACGGCUUCGGCGGUGCAGCAGGCAAAGGUCGGGCCGCGUCGGGAUCUGGAAGCUCUCUGGCACCCAACGGUGUCAACGGCAGUGGCUACUUCCCUGCCCCUGUCAAGCCUGCCUCCAACCGCCCGCCGUCGUCGGCUGCCAUCCCUGGCCUGACAAACGCGCCGACCAAUGGAGACGGAACCAGCUCCAACCCGGACUGUCCUUACAUCUGCGCCAGCUUCUUCGGACCUGAUGCGAGCUUUGGCGAUCUUGCACGCGCUGAAGCCGCGAUCGGCAGGCAGGAUGCGAGUUAUGGCUAUCCUGUCGCUCCGCUGAGCCCUUUCACAGCUUCGUUCAUCAACAGUCUCGACCAGUACGUGGCCAGCUUGGAAGAGCCGAUGCCGUCCAACAGUGCAGCUCCCGUGCCGAUCCCUGUGACGGGCGUCAGCAUGGCAGUGCCUCAGAGUCAUGCUAUUGUGCAAGCUGCUGCCGCUGCGACCGCCGCCGCCACCACUAACAAUGGAUCGACUACGAGCUAA